AUGAAUGGCGUGUCGGUAGACGAGCAGUUCCAGAUAGAAUCCAUGGUGAUUGAGUACUUCUCUGAAGUGUUGGCGCAACAAGCACAAGUUCCAGUGGAUCAUUCCCUCCUAGACAUUAUCCCCUCAGUGGUUUCAGAGCAUGACAAUGAGAUUCUUCAACAAUUACCUACUGAAGACGAGAUUCAAAGAGUGGUAUUCCAGAUGAAUGGGGACAGUUAUUCGGGGCCUGCUACGUUUACCGGCUCUUUCUUUACUACAUGUUGGGACGUUGUGAAAAGGGAUGUGUGUAGAGCGGUCGGGGAUUUUUUUACGGGGGCGGAGCUACUUUGGGGGUACACAGCUACGCUGUUGGCUUUGAUUUCGAAAGUACAAGGCUAUUCUGCUAAAAUAAUCUUGCCCCAACAGAGUGGAUUUGUGAAGGGCAGGCAGAUAUCUGAUAAUAUACUACUGGCUCUGGAAAUGUGUUCGGGGUUGGGAAGGAAAGUAAGGGGUGCUAAUGUGGCAUUAAAAUUGGACAUGGCUAAAGCUUAUGAUCGGUUAGUUUAUGCCAAUGACAUUAUUAUAUUUUGGAAUGGGACUACACGCUUGCUGUCAUGUGUGAUGGACGUACUAGAUAAAUACCAGAGAUCCUCAGAGCAGCAGGUGAACGCAUCUAAGAGUUGUUUCCUGCUGGGCAAGGGAGUGUCUCUUGCUCAUCGCAAGGUGAUCUCGCAAGUUACUGGUUUCUCCGCCAAGGAUCUGCCAAUCACCUACUUGGGUUGCCCGUUGUAUGUUGGGAGAUGGAUGAAAGGGUUGUUCACUGGCUUACUGGAUAAAGUCUCGCAGUGA